AUGGCAGGUCUAAAAAUUGUUUCAAGGAAGGAUCUAUUUGAUGAUUCAACUAUGUUUUCUGAACAUGUGGAACCUGAACUUAUAGCCGAAGAAGGCCAUGAUGAUUUAGAGAUUGUUGAAAUUGCACCAUCAACGAAAUCAGAUAGUGUAGAGGAAAAUAACCAUGAUGAUAAUGGACAGCAGCAAAAUGAUGAGGAUGAGUUUGAAUUUUUCCCAUUAUUUUCAAUGGCAACUGAACCUACCUCUAGAAUUGAUGGAGUUGAAACAUCUACGACUGAGUACGAUGAAGAAAGAGGAAGAUCAACUAAUAGACUGAUGAAAAUUUCUUUAAGAGAACCAUCACCAGAAAUUAUCAAUCAAAAAAGACCAAAAAGCCAUUAUUUUGCAUCAUAUAGUAAGGAAGAAAUUGAUAAAUUCCAGUUGAGUGCUAUUACUUACGACUCACUGUUGAAGGAAUUUGAAAUGGGACCAAACAAAGGUUUUGAACAAUUUCGUGGUAAAGUAAUAGACCUAAAAGAAUAUAAUGAUAAAAUUGAAGCAGAAGAUCUUCGAGAAAUGCGUUUGAAAAGACGGAGACCAAGUCAGAAACAAAGAUUAGCGAAGAAGUUAGGUGCCGAACGAUUAAAGGAACGGGAAAAUAGAGCUAAAGAAAUCAGAAAGAUGAUAAAGAAACAGUUCCAUAAACGUGGUGGGAAAAAAAAUAAAAAGAAAGCAAUGAAUCCAUUAGCAAACGCUGGCUUGAAACCACCUGUACCUAAAUUUAGAACUGAAUGA